CUCAGUUGCACGACCACAGGGUUGGAUUGGAUGAGAUCUCAGAGCCUCUGGAGGUGCUGCAUCUGAACGUGGGCUAGAAACGGUUUUGAAAGCGGAAGCUGGAUUACAUCCGUUGAUGUUGUAGUCCAUAGGUGCGUUGAUGAUCUUUUAUAGUUGAGAGGGACGUUGUUGCCUCCAUACACCCUUAUUGCAGCCGUGUCCUUUAUGUAAUCAACCUCGCUGGGAUACCUAUCGCUCAAGAGAGACGAAUCUGUUUUGAGGUCCCGUCGAUGAUGUUGUUCUUGAAGACGUGUUUGUUGUUUGCUGUGUGUGUUGGGGCUCUCGCUCACGUGAUCCUGUAUGACCCCCCUCAGCGUUCUUCUAUCUGGAGGCACGGGAGGAUGGAUAAGACGGGAUUAGCCAGGAAAAACUCGGACGACUUUUCCCUCAACUGUGGCGGAAUGGGGAUCCAGCACAGUACUAACGGAGGUACGUGUGGUGUGUGCGGGGAUGCCUAUGACCCCCGCCCGGUGCCUAACUACCCCCACCAGUACCCCGGGAUCUACUCCCAGGGUAUAAUCUCCGGGUGCUACACCGCCGGAUCCCGUACCAUGAACAUAGAGAUCUGGAUCAGGGCCUACCAUAAGGGUUACUUCGAGUUCCGGUUGUGCGCAAACAACGACUACACUCGCCCUGUGACGCAGGCGUGCCUGGACCAACACCAGCUGACCAUCGAGACGGUGGAGGGAAAGAGCGUCGGGACGCGGUACAGACCCCCUGUCGCGAUGUCCGGGGGUCGCUACAAGCUGAAGCUGGUGUUCCCCCUUGGGAUGCAGUGUACGCAGUGUGUGCUUCAGUUCAUAUACAACGCAGGCAACAGCUGGGGUUGUUCCGCGGAGGGGGUCUGCGGUGUGGGACUUGGAGACCAGGAACAGUUCUGGAAUUGUGCAGACAUCGCCAUACUUCCAAGUUGUGAGGGAGUGGUCGGCAACAUGGCGCCAAACGCGACUCUACUGCACGCCCCAAGCAGAUCCCAGGAAGAGAUCCAAGCAGAGACUCUGGCAAAGGCUUUGGCGCAGGAAAAGGCUGAAGCUGAAGCACAGGCGAAAACAGAGGCCGAAACACUGGCGAGAGCUGCCGAUGAAGCACAGGCAAGAGCGGAAGCACAGGCAAGAGCGGAAGCACAGGCAAGAGCAGAAGCACAGGCAAGAGCAGAAGCACAGGCAAGAGCAGAGGCACAGGCAAGAGCAGAAGCACAGGCAAGAGCUGCCGAUGAAGCACAGGCAAGAGCGGAAGCACAGGCAAGAGCAGAAGCACAGGCAAGAGCGGAAGCACAGGCAAGAGCAGAAGCACAGGCAAGAGCAGAAGAGGAGGCAAGAGCAGAAGCACAGGCAAGAGCAGAAGAGCAGGCAAGAAGAGAGGCUGAAGCACAAACAAGAGCUGAUUCUGAAUCCCGGGCGAGGGCAGAUGCGGAGGAAGGGACUGGCGCCCAUGGCGAGACUGAUACCAACUCAGGUGCCAGUGAUACGGGUGGGGGAGGACCAACGUCAGCCAGCCAGACAGGGAGCGGGCAGUGUCGUGGGUCCGGGCCGUGGCAUGGAAAUUCCGAUAUGGACAACUGGUGUCGUGUCAACUGUGCACUAAACAAUUGUCCCUCUGUUACGUGUACAUGUGACUAAUCAGCGGCGGGCACGUGUUGUAAUCUGUGUCUACUGUGAUGAGGGAAGAGACAUUUACCGCGAAUAACAUCAUACUCACCCACAUUAGAAACGCUCUACGAAUGUACCUUUUGAUUGGAAUGACAAUUGAGAUUUAUGUUUCAAGUUUAAACUCUUUAGCUGGUUCUCCCUUUUUCACGCUGUUCAAUGGGGCAGGGGUGUCUUGUGUCCUAAAUGUCCGCCACUCACUAUCCUAAUUGCUGGUCAGGAAUUAGUGACAGGUUCGUCCCUGAUCUAUCUGUACCAUGACUGUGUUCGUGAUGGCGUGAUAUGUAUUUUCGAAAAGCAUAUUUGACGAAACAAAUAUCAUUGACCAAAAAUUAUCUCCAAUGCAAUUCCCUAUUUUGACUUGUACCAUGCCUUUGCACGUGUGUGUGACGAGUGACACCGUUGGAGCAGGACAUUCGAAUACCUGGUAUCAUAUCUGUGCUUAUGAUAGAGUCGAAAUUGUACAAUAGCUUCUGUUUUAGGAGGAUUUCUUAUGAUAAUGUAAAUGUUUCUUAUACAUCUGUCCUUAUUAACAACGUUUCAGUUAUUAAGAAUAUAAUAAAAAAAGUAAGUGUUGCCAUGAGGUUUGGGGUACUAACCUGAGAAAAUUGUUUUCCAAAUCAUUUCUAACUCACCAUGCGUUUUGUUCUCUAAAGGCCAACCUUUAAAAACAACCUUUAAGUCUUCAAGGGUGAAAAAAGUGACGUCGUCUAAAGUUGUUUAGAGUCAAAAUAACAUGUAAAAUGCAAACCUUCACAGUUUAUAUUCUUUUGCGGGAUCAGUACCUCCUGUAUUGUUUCUUACUGUUUGUGAGAAUAUAAACUAUAUAACCCGGA